UUAUCAAUCGUUUACUGUUCAACUUGAAAUAUAAUGUGUUAUCGUAAGCGUCAAUUAUAAAGAUAGAUUGGUUUUAUUUCUAUAGAAACAAGCGCUUACUUCAGUCGUUUCGUGUUUAUUUUGAAAACACAUAAAUUGCAUGAAAUUCUCUCGAUCAUUCACGAAUUUGUUUCUCUAUCGAACCCUGGGAAAAUGCUUCCGCGUAGUAUUGUUGUGAUCUUGAGCUUGCUGCUAUUCGUCAGCAGCGUUUCGGUAUUUGAAGCUAUAUUCAAAGUAAAACCUCGAAUAAUUGACGGUGAAAAAGCGGCUGCAAAAGAAUUUCCAUACAUCGUAUCCAUUCGAGAUGCCAAAGUCCACAAGCACUUUUGUGGAGGAGCUUUGAUUACACAAAGAAAUGUGUUGAGUGCUGGUCAUUGUUUGAUUGGUCGACGUUUUCAACCUGAUAGCAUAUACAUAGCUUUGGGAGUUUUUAAUCGACUCGAUGAUGGUGUACGCAAAAACGUCAAACGGAUCACCAUUCAUUCUGGAUUCAACAAAACAUUCAUGCACAAUGAUAUUUCCAUCAUUACCACCUACACUAAAAUUGACUACACCGCUCGAAUUCAACCGAUCGCGCUGCCAAUAGCCGAUGUUCCAGAGCAGGGUAAUUUAAAUGCAGUCGGAGCUGGAUGGGGAAGGAUUAUAAACACGUUGAGAAAAGUACUACUUCCCGAUCAACUCCAGUACCAUAAAACAACCACAAUCAGUUGGGUAGAAUGUGCUUUUCGACUGACCAGGCUUUCAGUAGAAAAUCCAGCAGCAUUUAAACGAGUCGAAAUGACAUUCAGCGAAAAUAUCGUCUGUACAAAGAAUCCAAUCGGUCGGGGAUCUUGUAACGGUGACUCAGGUGGUCCACUUGUAGCAAAAAUUGAUGGCCUAGAUCGAAUCAUUGGCAUUUCGUCAUGGGGUAUUGGAUGUGGUGAUGGAUAUCCCGAUGUUUAUACUAACGUUUUCGCAUACUCUGAUUGGAUUGAAGAACAAAUGAUUGACAACGAAAUGCAAAAUCGAAGAAAAUAAAAAAAUCGUGUGAUUGAAAACAACAGAUUUUGUCCUUAACAGAUGUUCACUUAACUAUAGUUACCCUCUUUCGUAUAAAUUUACAAAAAAAAAAUCUUGCUCAAAUCAAACGGGAAAUGUUCACUUAAGAUUUGAAAGUCAAGUUUGAUUAAACCUGCUCAAAUAAAGUCUGAACGUAUCAAAGGGAAUUUCAACAAGUUCUUACAAGCAAAG